AUGAAAUUUGCAUAUAAGUUCAGUAAUCUGCUUGGUGCAGUUUACCGCAAAGGAAAUUUGAUAUUUUCUCCAGAUGGAUCUACAGUCAUUAGCCCUGUAGGCAAUCGGAUAACAAUAUAUGAUCUCAAAAAUAACAAAUCAAGUACUUUACCUAUAGAGAGUACCUACAAUUAUACAUGUAUGGAUUUGUCUCCUAAUGGAACUUUAUUAAUUGCAGUUAAUGAAGUGGGAGAAGGAAAUAUAAUUAGUAUGAUUAGUAAAAUGGUAAUACAUAAAUAUCAUUUUAAACAACGAGUCAGGUGUGUAAAGUUUUCUCCAGAUGGUAAACAUUUUGCAGUAUGCAAGGAACAUAAAGUAUUUAUUUUCAAUGCACCCAACUUAUAUUCGUGUGAAUAUAAUCCCUUUAUCAUGGAACAUGUAUUUCUUGGAGCUGUAGAUGAUACCACUUGUAUCGAUUGGUCUUAUGAUUCAAAACUAAUAGCUGUUGGUUCUAAGGAUAUGACUACAAAAAUAUAUGGAAUAGAAAAGUUUGCAAAUUUUAGGUAUAUUAGUCUUGGUAGCCACUCUGAUGCAAUAGUAGCAUGCUUUUUUGAGAAGAAAACUUAUGAUCUGUCUACAAUUUGUAGGAAUGGACGACUUUGUAUUUGGGAAUGUACAAUUAAUCCAGAAGAUUUAGUGCAAUGGGAACCUCGUUCUAAAAGAGACAAACACGAAGAUAGUGAUGUAGAAGAUGAUAUUGAUGUUGAAAAAGUUAUAGAGAAAACAGACAAACAAGCUAAAGCUUAUGAACAUGGCUUACAACAAUCUCAAAAUGCGAUUGAAACAGAGAAUGAUAAAAAUUCUGACAAUGAUACAGAAAUAAAAAAAUUACGUUAUCAGAAAUUAUGUCGCCAUUACUUAACUAAUGAAGUUCAGAAAGAGAGGAAAGAAAUAGUGAAACUUACUGCUGCUGCGUAUCAUCAAGAAACUCAUAUUCUAGUGGUAGGCUUCAGUAAUGGUUCAUUCUAUUUGUAUGAAAUGCCUGAAGUAAAUAUGAUACAUUCCCUUAGUAUAUCGCAACAAUAUAUUUCAUCUAUCGCGAUAAAUUCGACUGGCGAUUGGAUAGCUUUAGGAUGUUCUACAGCUGGACAAUUAUUAGUAUGGGAAUGGCAAAGUGAAACUUAUGCAAUGAAACAGCAAGGACACAGUAAUAAUAUGAAUUGUUUAGCAUAUAAUCCAGACGGCCAAUACAUUGUUACUGGAGGUGACGAUGGGAAAGUUAAAUUAUGGAAUACAACGAAUGGUUUUUGUUCUAUUACAUUUCAAGAACACACGUCAACAGUGACAGGGGUGUUAUUUAGUCACAAUAGAAAAUUUAUCGUUUCUACGUCACUCGAUGGAACUGUUAGAGCAUAUGAUUUAGCAAGAUACAGAAAUUUUAAAACUCUUACUUCACCGCGUCCAGUACAAUUUUCCUGCGUCGCAUUAGAUUCAAGCGACGAGUUUCUUGCUGCAGGAGGUCAAGAUUUCUUUGAGAUUUAUCUAUGGAGCGUUAAACUGGGUACCCUUUUAGAGAUAUUAAGCGGACACGAAGGCCCGGUUGUCAGCUUGGCGUUCAAUCCAAAUAUUGCAAGUACAGAAUUGGUAUCUGUUUCUUGGGAUAAAUCUCUGAAAAUAUGGAACGCUAUUGAGAAUGGUUCUUCACACGAAACGAUACAAUUAACUUCGGACGGUUUAUAUGUUACUUACAAGCCAAAUGGCGAAGAAGUAGCGGUUGCUACUUUGGAUGGGCAUAUCUCAUUUUUUGAUUGUAAAACGGCAGUACAAACUGGCAGUAUUGAAGGAAGAAAUGAUUUAGGUAGCGGUAGAUCUGAAACUGAUCUGAUUACGGCAAAGAAAAGUUUACAGGGAAAGGCUUUCACCUCCUUAUGUUAUUCAGCCGAUGGCACCUGUAUAUUAGCUGGUGGACAAUCAAAGAAUAUAUGUAUUUAUAAUGUACAAGAGUGUAUGCUGGUAAAAAAAUUUGUUGUAACACAAAACAGAUCGUUAGACGCUGUUGAUGAGUACAUAAACAAACGAAAGUUAACAGAAUUUGGAAGUAAGGCAUUAAUUGAAGAGCGCGAGGAAAACGAAGGAGGAAAUGUAACGUUACGGUUACCAGGUGUUAAAAGUGGAGAUAUGGCAAGUAGAAGUAUAAAACCGGAAGUGAGAGUAUUUAGUUUACAGUUUUCUCCAACAGGACAAGCAUGGGCGGCUGCUACAACAGAAGGUCUACUAAUAUACUCGUUAGAUGUUGGUCUGGUGUUUGAUCCAUUCCAAUUGGAAUUGGGCAUAACACCAGAUACUGUAAAAAUAGCUUUAAAUGAAAAAGAAUACGCAAAAGCAUUAAUGAUGGCUUUGAGAUUAAAUGAAAAAUUGUUAAUACAACGUGUUGUAGAAAAUAUUCCACUGUCAGAUAUUGAAUUAACUACAGCAAAUUUACCUGACAUUUAUGUCGAUAAGGUGUUAAAGUUUAUAGCAUCAGAAUUGGAGUUAACUAGACACGUCCACUUUUAUCUCCUUUGGAUAGAAACAAUAUUAACUAAACAUGGAGCAAAAAUUAAUUCAGCGCUUCAAAUGCCGAUAUUACUGACGCUCCAUAAAAAUAUGCAAAAGAAAUAUGAUGAUUUAAGCAAAAUAUGUGAUUUUAAUCAGUAUACAAUGAGUUACCUGAAAAAGGUUGGGGAGUUCAAAGCUAAGAAACCUAUGAAUGUAGAAAUAAAUAGUGACGAGGAAUCUGAAAAAUCUUCAAUCGAAGAAAUGGAUGUUGACUGAAAAAGAACAAUAUUUUAUAAAUACAAGUGUGUACAUGUAUAUAAAUAUAUCACGCGUAUGUAUAAAUUUCUCUAUGGUAACUAUAAAUUUUUAAUAAAUUUGUUAAUUAUUUUUUA